AUGAUGACCUCCAAUAUCUUAUCGCGUUUCCUCCCUCCCAACGGCUCCCCGUCAGUGUACGAGACAAUCCGACAACAUGACAAUCAUUCGGACGGUUCGGACGUGGAGGAACGUGCAGGAAUGGCGUUUGACGAUGAACAUGGGGACCGAUUCAGCGACCGUGAGCUGGAAGAUGCUCUAGCAGAUGCUGGGAGGGAUGACUCCCCCGGUCCCAGCGAUCCAUUUCUCCCCCGAAGCCCGCCAAGGAAAAGGGACGAGGAGGGCUUCCUCAAGGCCGGUUCUCGUCGCCGCAAGUUUAGCCGCCCAGGUCGGAUACACGCAGCUUCACCGCGCCACAAGUUCGAUGAUAGUGAUGAUGAUGUUCCUCCCUCCCUCCUCGUGGAAGGAGACCAAGAUGACGAUGAUGUUUUGAAAUCGAAGCUUCCACCUCCUCCCCGUUCGAAUGACCCCCCGAAUCUUGCUCAUCAGCCCAGACCAUCGCCUCGAGACGACCGAGUCCACUGGGAAACCGCCCGCGAACGAUUACCGGUACAUGACAACAAUAGGAGGGCUCAUCAUGCAAGUCUGUGGUCAGCGGGAUAUCCAAACUUAGCACUGGUAGAUCCUAAAGAGAAGGCACUGUGGAUGUGGGCAAACGUGGAAAACCUGGACAACUUCUUGAAGGAAGUCUACACAUACUUUCUUGGAAACGGUAUUUGGUCGAUUCUUUUGAACAGGGUUUUGAGUCUCUUGACCUUUGCAUUCGUCGUAGGGUUCAGCAUAUUCCUCACUAACUGCAUUGACUACCACAAGGUACGAGGGAGUCGAACUCUGGACGACAUUCUGAUCCAGAAGUGUACAAAGCAAAUGUCCAUGUCCGCUACCUUCUUACUAUGGCUGCUCUCGUUCUUCUGGAUUGGCAAGGCCUUUCAGUACGUGCUAGAUAUCCGAAGACUCAAGCACAUGCAUGACUUCUAUCACUACUUGCUUGGAAUAUCAGAUGCUGAAAUCCAAUCAAUAUCCUGGCAAGAGGUCGUCAGCCGAUUGAUGACUCUGAGGGACUCCAACCCUGCGACUGCGGGUGCGGUCUCUGCGAAGAACCGCAAGUUCAUGGGGAGUCAAUCAAAGCAGCGCAUGGAUGCUCACGAUAUCGCAAACCGACUGAUGCGCAAAGAAAACUAUCUGAUUGCCUUGAUAAAUAAAGAUAUACUAGAUCUGACGCUUCCGAUACCGUUCCUGCGGAACAGGCAAUUGUUCUCGCGGACGCUUGAAUGGAACAUCAACCUCUGCAUCAUGGAUUAUGUUUUCAACGAGCAGGGUCAAGUGCGGACGUUGUUCUUGAAAGACACUCAUCGACGGGCCCUGAGUGAAGGCCUGCGACGGCGUUUCAUGUUCGCAGGCAUCAUGAAUAUCUUCGUAGCCCCCUUCAUUGUCGUCUAUUUCAUGAUGCAUUAUUUCUUCCGCUAUUUCAACGAAUACAAGAAGAAUCCAUCGCAAAUCGGAUCCCGACAAUACACCCCACUGGCCGAAUGGAAGUUCCGUGAGUUCAACGAGCUGUGGCACUUGUUUGAACGACGUGUCAAUAUGUCUUACCCUUUCGCGAGCCGCUAUGUGGAUCAGUUCCCCAAAGACAAGAUGGUGCAAUUUGCGGGUUUCGUGGCGUUCGUCUCUGGGGCACUGGCCUCGGUAUUGGCCCUGGCUUCCGUUGUGGACCCGGAACUGUUCCUGGGGUUUGAGAUAACUCACGACCGGACUGUGCUUUUCUACUUGGGUGUCUUCGGUUCUAUCUGGGCUGUCGCGCAGGGCUUGGUCCCGGAAGAGACCAAUGUGUUUGAUCCAGAGUACGCGCUCCUUGAAGUCAUCAACUUCACUCACUACUUCCCAAGCCACUGGAAAGGCCGUCUGCAUAGUGACGAUGUCCGGAAGGACUUUGCCGUGCUGUAUCAGAUGAAGAUCGUCAUCUUCCUGGAGGAGAUCCUAAGUAUGAUCUUCACACCGUUCAUCCUCUGGUUCAGUCUGCCCAAGUGCAGUGACCGUCUCAUCGAUUUUUUCCGAGAAUUCACCGUCCACGUCGAUGGGAUGGGAUACCUGUGCUCCUUUGCGGUCUUCGACUUCAAGAAGGGCACCAACGUGAUCUCGCAAGGGGACACAGGUCGGCGGGAUGCUGCCCGGCAGGACCUUCGGGCGGACUACUUCUCGACCAAGGAUGGCAAAAUGCUUGCAUCUUAUUACGGGUUCUUGGACAACUAUGGUGCUAAUCCGCGCGGAGCUCAUCCGUCAACGAAGCGACAAUUUCACCCUCCACCCACAUUCCCGACCCUGGGAUCCCCGUCUGCCAUUGAGAUGGGCAAUUAUGGAGAUCGGCCGGCAGCAACUGGACUGAUGGGUCAACAGUCUACAUAUGGCGCUCCUCGGUUUGGACCCGCUGGCAUGGGCGACCAUCUCUCCCCGGCACCAUCGAUGCUGCUUGACCCGCACCAUCAGCCGUCAGCAUCAGGGUUCCGGUCAACGCACCGCGCUAAUCCGUAUCCGCGCUAUAGGGCCUCACGACCGCCUCCCACCAUCUCCGACCCCAUUGAAGAUGAAGAUCCUCCGGCGGGCAAGGGUCGUGGUGCGGUGAAAUCGUCACCCGGGGUCGGGUCGAGCGGGGGUGGUAUACUCACCAGUGAUAGUAACUUGGGGGAGUCAUGGCGGAUGAAUCUGGUAGGCGAUGAGGUCGAGGAAGAAGACGAGGGCGGCGAGAAUGUCGACGCCCUGGCUGGCGGGGCGGGUGUUCUGGGGCUCAUCCAGCAGUUUCAGAAAGUCAACCAGGACAAUCGGGGACGGACGACAGUUGGUAUAUAA